AUGUUCAGUUUCGAAGAGGUUCAGUUGCAAUUCCAGAUCCAAUCACAGAUCCGCAAGCUUCUAGUGAAAGGCAAUGUUUUCUACCUGGUUUUGAUCAACGGUUUGGUGUACAGAAUCUACUUGGAUAACCCGGAGAAGGUUGACAAGAUACAAAUCGACUCCAACAAUGUGACGGUGGCCAAUGCGUAUUUGGACCCGUUCGGGUAUCAUCUGAUUGUUCAAACCACCAAAAGAGAGUAUUUUUAUUUGAGUCUCCAUUCGCUACAGUUCAGAAACCUUUCCAAACUAAAGGGGAGCCUGAUAUGUUCUAUGGUGUAUUUUGACUCGAACGUUACAUCCAAAAGCACCGGCCCGGUGUUGGUUGCUACAACAACAGGAAACAUUUAUGAGUUGUUGAUUGAAUCGAACAGAGAGAAAUACUUUAAACAGCUGUGGAAGGGAAAGGAUACAAUAGGCUCGCUAUAUGCCGAGAAAGGUGAGAAGGACGAAACGUUCGUGGUGGCAUCGCUCGCAAAUACAAAACUCGCAAGAUUCCAUGGCGCACUUGGAACCUCUUUGAUGAAGAAAGACCCGUUGUUGCUUUCUUUUGGAACGAUAUCUGCAUUUUCCGCCAAUGAGACCGUCUUUGCUUUUAUCGAGGUGUCUGAGGACAACGUCACCAAGCUCGUUAUUGGCGAAAUUGGAUUUCAAACACGAAACGAUCUUAAGAGGUACGAAAUCGAAAACAGACAGUAUAAAUCGCUACUGGUGACAAAAUACCAUGUGGUAGCCUUUACCAGCACAGAAAUGAUAGUAUUUAACCAGUUAAACGGGAAACUAGUGCACCAUGAAACUUUAUCGUUCGAGGUCACUGAUUCUACCUCAGACUACAGACUGGAAACUUUUUGGGUCUACUCGAAUUCAAAUGUUUAUGAAUUGGUGGUGGACAACGAGCAUUCGGAUGUUUGGAAGAUUAUGAUUGAGAAAAAACUGUACGACGAUGCGCUAGCGGUGGUGUCUGACGAUCCUCUCAAACGCGACGUUGUUCUGAUCAAUAAGGGAAAUGAUCUCUUACAAAAAGGAGAAAUGGACGAAGCAGCGCGCAUUCUAGCCAACACAUCUGAGUCCUUUGAGCAAGUGGUUUUAAAAUUUAUCAAAAGUCCAAGCCUAUUGGUGUAUCUCCAUGCAAAACUCGAGAGUCUUCCAAAGUCUAUGUACAUGCAGCGGGUGAUGCUGAGCAGUUGGAUUGUCGAGUUGUAUGUGAAGAAUCCAGCAAACGACAAUUCACAAGAGCUGUACGCAUUUUUUGAAAAAUAUAAAGACUCUCUGGACAAAGAGACGGUCUACCAACUUUUACUUUCACACAAUCGGACAGAAGAACUUGUUCAUUUUUCAUCGUUGAUCAACGAUAAUCCGUUCUUGUUGAAGUAUUACCUCAACUUGCAACAAUGGGACAAGGCAUUGGAGAUUUUGGCAAAGGAAGAAAGUCCACAACUGGUCUACAAGUGCUCUACUGCGUUGCUCAUACACUACCCGAUCAAAACUGUAGAUCUAUGGCAACGUUUGAUAGACGACUUGGAUUUCAGAAAGUUGCUACCAGCUAUCCUCACUUACAACAAAGCUAUAGGAACCGGUCAAGGAAUCGCUCCAGAUCACAACCAAGCCAUCAGGUUCUUGAACUUUCUAGUUAAGGAGAAAGAGAGCAAAGAGAAAAUGGUGCACAAUACUCUUCUUUCGCUUUUGGUGACGUACCCUGUUCAAAGGGAAAACCAUGUGUUGAAAUAUUUGGAAAGCAGGUCCAAGACUUUGUUCAAUCGUGAAAAAAGCUACGAGAUUCUCUUUGACACGGACUUCAUUCUGCGACUCUGUUUCAAGCACAAACGGAUCCAAAGCGCAAUAUUCAUCUAUUCGAUGCUUGAGGAGUACGAAGAUGCCUUGAGUCUGGCUCUGAGUCAAGAUUUGCUGGAAUCCGCCUUAUUGGUUGCAGACAAGCCAAAAGAACCGGUAGAGCGGAAGAAACUCUGGGUCCGUGUGGCUGAGGUUCUCAUCAAGAAGGUUGUCACUAACGAGCCGUUGGAGCUGGAUAUCGGCGAAGGCAACAAGAUCCGUGGCGUUUUGAAAUAUCUCAUGGAAAAAUGCGAUCUGCUCACAAUGAAGGACCUGCUGCCUCUUUUCCCAGACUUUGUCGUCAUUGACGACUUCAAAGAAGAGGUCGUGCAAUCUUUGGAGACUCUGGCCGUGGAGAUGGACUCUCUGUCCUUGGAGAUGACUGCCUCGCUCAACCAAUCGGAGAAGAUCAACAAGCAGAUCAAGGAGUUCCAGCAAGACCAGUUCCAGAUCAUCGAGCCAAACGAAUCGUGCGGUCUUUGUGGGAAGAUCCUGGUGAUUCGGAAAUUCAUCGUGUUCCCGUGUCUUCACUCUUUCCACCAGGACUGUCUAGUGAGAGAAGUGCUAGACUCCACAGACUACAAGUUCAAGAAUGCUAUCUACAAGAUCCAAAAACGUUUGCAAGCCGCAAGAGGCAACAAGCAGCUGAUGGAGGAAUUGAGAUUGGAGAUCGAUCGCCUGCUGUCUGCCAAGUGCUGUUUGUGCAGUGACAUCAAAAUUAAUAGCAUCGAGGAGCCGUUGAUUAAGAGCAACGACAAGGAACAGAACGAAUGGGCUUUAUAA